AUGUUCCUGUACAAAGUCCGCUUUAAGGAGAAGCUUUUCUGUGGCCUGGGAGGGACAGCUUGCAACGCAAGCAUCGGAGAAGGCCAAAUCACGCAGGUCUAUGGCUUCUUUGAUGAAUGCGUGCGAGCCUAUCGUGGCCCACAGGUGUGGAAGCUGUUCACCGAUUCCUUUGACUACUUGCCAGUCACAGCCGUCAUUGAGAACCAAAUUAUUUGCAUGCAUGGAGGAAUCUCUCCUUCAUUGGAUUCCUUGGACAACAUCCGUCAAUUGGAUCGGAUUCAGGAGGUCCCUCAUGAGGGUCCAAUGUGUGACUUGCUUUGGUCAGAUCCAGAUGACCGCUGUGGAUGGGGCAUUUCCCCUAGAGGAGCUGGCUACACCUUUGGUCAGGACAUUUCAGAGCAGUUCAAUCAUGCCAAUGGUCUCAAACUGAUCGCACGAGCCCACCAGCUUGUAAUGGAGGGCUACAACUGGUGUCAUGAUAGGCACGUGGUGACAAUUUUCUCAGCACCAAAUUACUGCUACAGGUGUGGCAAUCAAGCAGCCGUCAUGGAAAUUGAUGAACAUCUGAAGUACACAUUUUUGCAAUUCGACCCGCCUCCCGUGCAGAAGGAGAUUCCAGCCGAGGGAGUGAAGCGCACUCCGGAUUACUUCCUUUGA